CUAACACAAGAGUCAUCUAUUACUACGUCCACACCGGGUCCUCCCAAGGCCCCACCUAAAAAGCCCGCAAAGCGAAUCCGAAUCUCUACAGCCUGUGUCAACUGUCGCCACAAAAAGAUCAAGUGUGAUGGUCAGGUUCCCUGCGCCCACUGCGAAAAGUUCCGCACCGAGUGUGUUUACCCUGUGGCUACCAAGCCUGCCAACCAAGAGUAUGUGGAAACGCUUGAGAAUCGGCUAAAGAGCGUGGAAUCACAUUUACAAGGUCUGCUCUCGCGUGGCUGGGGUAAAGGCUCUGUGCCCAUGCCCAUGGACGGCAACGACCAUGGUGAUCUCAUACCAGAUGAUGGUGACCCCACCUCUCCAUAUACCCCAUCUUCUAUCCCUGCAACGCCCCCAUCCAAACCAUCACAUCACCAUAGUAGCAACAGCAACCACAACAGUGCUGACUCGCGACACUCUCAUUCCCUUUCCCUCACAAAACAAUUCUCUGGAGCAACCAUUAGUACUCCCAACUUGACUGGACCCGACUCUGAAAAUGAUGAUGGAAACCUUGCUAUAGAUGACUCAAUGCAAGUUUUGAGCUUGUUGAUGGGCAAUCUCAAAGUAGAGCGCGAUGGAGCAGCACAGUAUAUCCCGAAAGUGCUUGACCAGAAGGAGCACUCGUACAACGACUUACGCAUUUACGGUUCAUCACCUUCUACCAAUCUCCCUGAUAUGACUUCUGUGGAUUGGGAGUCGGUCAGUCGUCCACAGCCUUAUACUUUGCCUCAUACUUUAUUGACUUCAAAGGCCAUUGGCGCGCUCUUGGAAAUAUAUUUCAACAGCGUCCAUACAUUCUUGCCUGUGAUCCACAAGUCUAGUUUCCUGACACUUUGUCAAGGUGGAAAGUAUCGUGUACCACCUUUCCUACUGAUGGCCAUAUGUGCAGUGGCAGCACGUCAUGCUACAGAUUUUGAGCUCCAGGAAAUCCCUGAGCUAUCAGGUCUUGAGAGCCAUCAUGCUUUAUAUGAUCAUGCACGUACAUUGCUAGACACUUACAUGGAUGUUCCAAGACUUAGCACAGUUCAAGGCCUAUUGCUCCUUGCAUAUUAUCAGACAAAGGAGAAGCGUUCUGGUCACUUUUUCCGGAUUCGAAUGUAUGUCAGUUUGGCGACAAGAAUGGCUCAGGACAUGGGUCUGCCACGCGCCCUUCUCAAGAACCUGAGUGAAACAGAGUCCCCCAGCAUCAGCAACAGCCCUUCAAUAAAUUGUCUCUACGGCCGAUCUUGUACCGGCAACACACCAUCUCACCUCUCUUCUAUGUUAAUGAACGCACGCCAGCAGGAUGGAGGUACAGGAGGCCAGUCUUGCGACCAUAACAGCCCGCAGAACAGGCUACCACAAGAGAAAAGGAUGGUGAUCCAUCAAGAAAAUCGACUAGCUUGGCUCGGAUGUUUCUUCUUAGAUGGUCUUACGAGUAGUUUGCUGGGUCAGGACUACUGCAUUGCAAAUACAACGCUAGACAUGCCUAAGCUCAUUCAAGAAGCCAGUCUCAUGCCAGAUACUGUACAAGGUGCAACAUUGAUAUUUUGGUACCAUCAUCUGGAGCUUGUGCAGAUCUAUCGCCGCAUCUGUAUUUUCUACAGGACAAUUACGAACGAACGUGUCUUAGCACGUGCUAUCAGAGGGUCAGAUAUGGAUGCAAUUGAGUUAUCAUUAAGCAACUGGAUUUCUAAUCUUCCAGCUCAUUUGGUCUAUGUCGACAGCAGCAACAGCAAUAGCGCCAUGGAUAAUAGCCAAGGAUCAGCAGGAGCUAGCGCCACGCCUCUGCCUUCAUAUUAUACCCUCUACUUGCAUCGAUUCUUUUACAGCCACAAACUGCUUCUCUACCGACCCCUCAUUAGCAGCAAAAAGCAUCGAGGCGAGAUCAAAGACAAUAAUUCGCCAAUAGCCAAGUGUUCACACGCCGCAGCCAUGCUCACUCAGAUUGGAGAAAUCAUUUUCCAAAACUAUAGCUGGCCCUGGCCUGGAUGUGGACUCUUUGCUUAUCACAUGCUUCAGGCAGCAGAGAUUCAUGUCUUUCAGAUGGUCACGCAAUCAGCAGUUAAUUCGCAAAAUCUGUAUUAUCGAACUAUGGACUUGAUCAAAGGAUAUGUUAGCUUAGCGAAGCUUCCAAGUUUAGAGAAGGAUAUUACGUCUAUGGAGGAAAUGGUGAAUAACUUUUUGUUGGCACCACCACAGCAGCAGCAACAACAACAACAACAUCAACAACAUCAACAACACCAACCCUUUGUUGCAACACCUACCUCAGAUUACAGUUAUACAGGUGUUAUGUCCCCUGCCUCACCGUCAGAGUCUGUACAAAGAAUGUCAAUGAACCAUCCUAACGGACACAAUGGCAAUAUGAUACAUCCUCAGCACCAACACCAGCAGCAUCACCAUAGCACAGAAGACGCAGAUAUGUUUUCACCUUUACAAACCCAUGCUUACCCUUCCUUUGAGUCUGCAAGUCGCGUGCUCCGUCAAUCCCAAUCCCAAUCCCAAUCCCAAUCCCAAUCCCAAGGAUCCUCUGGGAUGGUAGCGACACCAGGUUUCAUGACUAAUACUAGCUUCUCGAUGGGGUUUGAGUUCUCGGGAGUUUCAUCCGCGUCUGGAACGAGCCACGGACAGACUGCAGUCUAUGAUGCAUCCAAUUCAUUUCCCUUUUACAAUUCUACGACUACAAGUAGUAACCCUGGUAUGUUUGAGCCUAAUAGUCAUCAAGGUGGGGUCACUAAUGGUCUCUCGACCUAUGGACAGCAUUCCUUUUUCCAGUCUUCAUCGCCACUUACUCCCGUGGGUGAUUUGUUAGGCCUUGGAAGCAUGGAUGGCAGACCUUUUGGUGCAAACGCAACGCCGACCUCUAUAACUGCAUACACGCAAGCAUCAUCGCAGCCUCCGGCUCUGCCAACUGCACAGGCGGUAGAUGCUGCCAGAAAAAAAGCUGCCGUGCCACCACCUAAACCGCCUAAACGUAUCCUCUCACAAUCCACAGGUAGCUCUAGUUCCUCCAGCAUGAGUCAAAGUGUGAAACCACCAGUCCCUAAGAAGCCAACGCGAUUGAAUGAGAUUGCCCCGCCACGUUGGAUUGCCCCGCGUCCAGAGGCGACAUCGGUUACAAAUGUGGCCGUUUCUUCAGCUAUGAGUGCUAUGCCAACAACUUCAACCGGAGAUACCGAAACUCCAUCAUAUUAUGGCGGCAACAGACCGCCAGUGGGGGGAGCAAGCAGUAAUAGCGGCCCAACGGGUCCAAGCAGCGCUCUUCCCAGCGUUAAUCCUGGUGCUACUAGUAACAGUAACCGACCUAUCAAGGUAUUGCAACCUCAAGCAACGCUAUAUGGCAUGGGCACGUUGGUCAACUCGUUGGGAAUUGAGCAACAGGUCCAUCCAAUGCCCACACCCCCCAGUCAUACCUCGACCACUUCAUCUGACAGAGAUUACUAUGAUAGUAGUCAUGCCCAGUCUUUGUAUCUCCAGAUGAACCCGCAUCUUUAUGACCAACUGCAUCCUCAUAACCGCCGUCCACUCAUCUAAAGAUCGAGCCUAUAUUUUUUUUUU